ACUCUAUUUAUGAGUUAUGGUUAAAUCAACCCGUCCUUUCUCCGCAUUACUUCAAGUGAUCCACGGAUAUCCGAUUUUCACCGUUCAGGAAUCUUUUUGUCAAACUUCAGACAUCACAGCAAAUUUUCCUCAUGGCUUGCGCAACACCACCGACUUCAUCCACUAAGGGAAGAACGAACUAUGCCCGCUUGUGUCGUCUGCUGGUUGAUAUUGGAACCCAGGCCCUCCGAGAUAAAUUCGAUGAAAUCCAUCCCCCAGCAAAACUUCACGCAGUUUUGGCGGAAAACAAGGCAGAGUUAGAGAAGCUGAGGGAUCGAAGGAUUCUCUAUCCGGCUCAGAUGGACAAGCUUUUUCCUUCUGACCCUACUCAAGUGUCAUCAGCAGGAUUUGACAUCACACUUUUAACUACUUUAUUUCGAAAUAUCUGCGACUUAUCUGAACCCUCGAAAGGAUGGAACAACCUUCCUCCCAAGUCAGAUGAGAGCACUGCAGCAGACAUUGCUCGUGUGAAAUAUUACAGAAACACUGUGUACGCUUAUGCCGAGCGCGCUUCAGUUGAUGAAGCGGAAUUCAACCAAUACUGGUCUGACAUCCGGAACGCUCUAGUAAGACUGGGAGGUAUUAAGUAUCAGAAAGAGAUUAAAAAUCUUGAAACUGCUUGCAUAGACCCUGAAACUGAAGAUAAAUACAAAGAACUUCUUGAAGAAUUGCAGAAGAGUGUAGAAGGUAUCACGUAUAAACUGGACAAGUUGGGAAACCAAAUCGGGACUAUUGAAGACUAUCUAUCGAAACUAUCGAAGAAAGUAUUAAACAAUGGUAUGUAAAAUGUCUCUCCAUAGUUAUCCUGUCAAUUAUUUCGAUAAAUUAGGUAAAACAUUUUUGAUAUUAUUAUACCGAUAUUAAUGCAGUACUAGGAAUUCUCCUGUUUCAAAAAUAUGAUAUCCUCACCACAUAGUGAACAAACCAUUUAUAUUUUAAGAUGGAAAGAUACCAAGGUCGUCAUGGGAACCGAGUUUAUCAACAUCAUUUUUGUGAGCGAGGAUGAAUAAACGUCUUCUGAAAGCAAACUGUCUUUCUUAAAUUAACAGGGAUCAUUUGAGUAGCUCCUCUGAGGGCGGAGAAGUAAGACAGGUGGGGUAGUUUAAGUGCUGUAUAGUGGUUUCUAUGCCAUUAACUGAAAAAAAACCCUAUAAUUAAAAUUGCUACGUUACAUAGCUAUUACAGUUCUGAUUUCAAGCUAAAACAUUUAGAAAUUCCUAAGCUGUCAAAGUCAUAACGUGUAAUAGCCACAUUUGAACGAAACCUCGUAAGGACUGUAAAGAGUAGGCUGUUUUUAGUUUAUCUGUCACAAAGUUAGGCCUGUAAGCAUAGCAGGAUCAAAAAAAUGCUGAAUAAAUGUUACAGCCUUCAAUGUACCAUGCUGGACAAAAAAGAGGAUGAAAAUGAUAUUGAUGAACAUUUGACUAAGUGAUUUCUAUCAAACUGGUGCUUUUGUAUUGAAUAAAAAGUUUCAGUGGACAACUUGCCCAGGGCUUCAUGAUUUCUUAAUUUAGAAUUGCUUACC